AUGUCGGGCGUAGAGACAAAGAAACGAAAGAAGGUGGAUAGCGGGGGAAGUUCUGGCACUGCAAAACUAUUUGUGGAUAAAGAUGCUAAGAAGAGGUAUGCUUUAUUCAUUGUUAAAUGUCCUCUGUUAAUUGAGCGAGGUGUUUACCUUGAUGAGUUUGUAGGUAGUGUGGAUUGCCCUGAAAUACUUCGAAGUCGGAAAUGGGAACCUCUGUUUGAGGUGAGUGUGGAAGAUAAAUCUGUGGGAGCUAUUCUGGGUCUGAAACGGGCCAACUGUGUGAAGCGGCCAUCAGCGGUGUCUCAAGUUGUGGGUAGUCAAGCUGGGCCUAGUCAAGGUGGUUCUGAUGCUGGUACUAGUGAGGGUGGACAAACACUUCAGCAAAUGGUUGAAAAGUUGAAGGCCGAUUUGAAAAGUUCGAGGAUGAAACGAAGGGGUCGUUACAGCGUCCAGAGUCAAAAUUAG